AUGGAAACUCAGGGCUCUGAGAGUCCCCGCGGCGACAUAUCUUCUUCGAGGAGGGUAUUAAAGAUGCAAACGAUUCCAACGGAGACACCGGAAAGGAAAAGAUCUACACAGCAGAGUUUCGAAACAGAUGACGAGUUUCAGUUCAGGCGGCAUAGUGCAAAGAAGUCACGAUUUGGAGACAGGUUACAAGAAUUCCAGAGCGUUAAGGAUGCAAGAAGGGUCGAAAAUUUCAAUUCGUCGUUUCAAGUACCUCCGCAAUCACAAGAAGAGCAUCAGCAGUAUACGGGACAAGCAUUCCCGCCCCAGUACCCGGCACCAACUCAGUUGCCGUCUCCUCAAAGGAUGAUCCCAAUGCCAAUGGUGUAUUAUUAUGCGGCUGCAAACCAGCAGCCCGGUGCUGUACCGGCAGGCACACAACCACAGCAAUAUGCCAUACCACAGCAAGGGAUGGGGAUAAAUUUUCAAGCAAUGAACCAAUUCAUAGAUCCGCAGUACCAGGAACAACAGCCUUAUUAUCAAAGUUUAAUGCCUGCACCUUCUUUUUAUCCACCACCUUCUUCACAGGAAAAACUGCCGAACCCAUUAUCACAGAACAGACCAAUCCUAGCACCAGAAGAUUCAAGAGCGAAACGUAAAUCCUUCAUGAUACAAAGGGGUAGGAGGUUAUCGUUGUUGAACCAAGAAAAUCAGCUGAAUGAUAUCAUCUCUCCGCAUAAAGAUGUACAUGAAUCUGAAUUUUAUCGAUACAUGAACAAUUCUUUUGCACAGGACUUGAAGAUGAAACAACUUAUGAAUUGGUGCCUCAUAAGAGCCUUGAGGAAGCUAGAAAUCAAAAACUCACAGAAUAAGUCUGAAUCUCGGAAGAUAACCUUAACAAUUUUGAAGGAUUUUGUUCGAGAUAUACGGAAGGGCAGUCAUGAUAUUGACUGGGAUUCAGAAGGCCCUGAAGCAGAACCUACAGUGGAAGAUGAGUCAGAGAUAAGCAAUCUAUUCAAAGAGGGCAAUACAGAAAAUAGCAUAUUGGUAGACUCGUCAUUGUCUAAUAAAAACAAAAUACCGCCAAUCAAAUUGGCUAAGAUACCGAACGAGAAAAACAUCCAGAACAAAGAAAACGCCAAAAUCUUGGAGGAGAAGAUUAAAACUAUAAAGAAUGAGAUCGAACAAUGGUCCAAAGAUCUCUCUGAUGUGAAGAUACCCUCAUACGAAUUACCGAAGUCUCAGACUUCAAUUGUAAAAUUACCGGAUAACUUGCAGCUUACUGCAACAACAAAGGAGUCUAUUCACUCAGAUUUCCAGAAGCGUGUUGAUGGAUUGCAAGAAACAACACGUUUGUUGAAAUCAUCUUCAAUACUAUUAAAUGAAACUGCCGGCAUGAAAUUGCAAAGACUCAAUGGUUGCAUAGUUAAGAAAAGGCCGGAAGAUAAAAACAGCACCAAGAAACUACUACGCGGAUUAAGCAGAUCGUUAAUGCAAUGA